UCCAUCUGCAGCCUUCCCUUCGACCCUCGCCCCGCUCUCUCCAGUAACAACAUCGAAUUCCUCCCUCUGCUUGUCCUGAUCUAUUCCAGCCGCCAACGUUUCGAAAGCGCUUAGAAGAUCAUCCCUCAGGUCCUCCCAGUUCUCCACACCAACACUGACGCGUAACAACCUGGGGUCAACGCCUGAGUCCGACAUGCGGCGCCACUCAAUCAGACUCUCGACCCCGCCGAGACUGGUCGCAUGGUGGAAAAGAGCAAGUUCAGAGGGUAAACGGCGCGCUUGCUCAUCGGUGUGCGUAGUGAAGGCGAAGACGGGUCCGUAACCAUUGGGCAUUUGCUUAGAGAGCCACGAAUUGUUGGAGGAGGCGGCCUGUAAGGAAGCGAACACCCGCUCCUCCCUCAAGGCCCUCGCUUGUGCCUUUCCUUUCUCACCACGCUUCACUGCCAAGAUUCCGCAUAGCAUGUCGCUGUGGCCGCCGAUAUACUUGGUCCCGCUAUGCAUGACUACAUCCGCGCCCCAAGCGAAAGGAUCUUGGAGACCUGGUGGGCCAAAAGUAGCGUCGACGCUGAGGAUAGCCCCGCGGGCGUGGGCGCGAUCGGCAUAGUGUUGUAUGGAGAAGGCUUCGCCCGUUGGGUUCAAUGGGGUUUCCACAUGUACAAUAUCGCCCUGGCCGAUUCCAGCAGCAUCCCAAGCAGCCUCAUCGGCAUGUAGAUCAACGGUGCGCAAGCCGUGCAUCUUGGAGUGCAGAGAUAUUACGCCGUGGCAGCCAUGAUAGCCCUCGGAGAUGGCGAUAACCUUGGGGACUACAUUGACGAGAAGGGCGUGGAAGGCCGAGAGUCCGCUAGUGUAGCUGAGUACAUGAUUGCUGAGCUGCUCGAUAUCUUCGCCUUCUGCUGAAGCCGUAGGGAAAAUGAGGGGCGUGAGGAUGGUUUCGAGUCGAUUGAUGUUAGACGACGUGAGACGAGAGUAUACGAGCGGAGAUUGGAGAUUGAGGUAUUCGCCUUCGACGGGAACUGGCUGUAGAUCGGAGACGUUACGUGAGUAGCGGAAGGUGGUGGAGGUGUGAAUGGCUGGGGCAACAUCGGUGAGAGUAUUGAGACGGUUGUCAGCGUGGAUGGCAGCUGUAGCGGCGUGAAGAGGUGCCAUGGGGAAUGGCUUUAGUACGACAAGCGGUAUGGAGACGAAUUUCGAGUGAAGAAGUAAAAUCAAGUGCACCUUGAGGC